GGAAGAUGUUCUACGCUGUGCUGGGCAUUGCUGCCCUCGUCUCUUUGCUCAGCGUCGCCCGGUUCUUUUAUGUGAAGCGAGUCUGUGGCGUUCCGCGAAAUACGUCUGUCAGUCUCCUGGUGGUGGCUGGCUCAGGAGGGCACACUACAGAAAUCCUAAGGUUACUUGGUAAUCUUUCCCAGGCCUAUUCUCCUAGGCAUUAUGUUUUGGCUGAUUCAGAUAAGAUGAGUGAAGACAAAAUCCGUUCAUUUGAACAAAAAAAAGCAGACACCUCUCCCAGUUCCUUGUUCACCCUCAGUCGCAUUCCCCGAAGUCGGGAGGUCCGUCAGUCAUGGAGCUCUUCAGUACUAACAACCAUCCGUUCCAUCGUUUAUUCUCUUCCUUUGACCUUCAGACUCAAGCCAGAUGUGGUGCUGUGCAAUGGUCCAGGAACAUGUGUCCCAAUCUGCAUUUCGGCUCUUCUCCUGAGGCUGCUAGGACUAAAGAGAGUGACCAUUGUGUAUGUCGAGAGCAUCUGCCGUGUGGAGAACUUAUCUCUGUCUGGAAAGAUUCUUUACCACUUUUCAGAUCACUUCUUUGUUCAGUGGCCUGCUCUGAAAGAAAAAUACUCCAAGUCUCACUAUCUUGGGCGAAUAGUAUGACAACAAAUGUGACAAGGGUUAACACCACCACUGAAUUCCUUAGCAAUGGGAUCUGUUCUUAUCUCACCUGUACAUUGUACCCAGCUUCAGCAGAGGAUUCUCUUUUCUCCCACUGCUUUCAUGGAGCCCACAAGGAACAGAGACAAAAGUAGACAAGCUUCUAGAACAGACUCUGCUUCAGCUGAGAUUCAUCUUCAACAGCACUUUUUAGCAAAUCUGAAUUACAGUUUGUAUUGGGUUUUAAAAGCUAUGAACUGCUUAGGAAGCCAAUUUGGGGUUGAAAGACAGGAGAAAAGCAUAACAACACACUUUUAUGGGGGGGGUGCAUAAAUCCAGUUUCUUGUGUCA